AUGGCACGAAUUUCACAAAAACCAACCUUUCGGACUUCGUUACGUACAAAUUUACCAUUUUCAACUUCUCAAUCGCGAGACGUACCUACGAAAUUAUCAUCACUGUCUUUUUUUAUCGCCCACGAAAAUAGCAUUCCUACCACUCUAUCCCUAACUGUAUCUCCCACGCCUUUUACCCCCAGCAAAAAUAACGUUUCUACUCCUCAGUCGUCAGAAACAUUACCUAAACUUGAUCAAUUAGCAUUUAUUGAUAAUAUUCCUAGUCAGCCAACAUCUACUGACAAUACCAAUAGUAAACGAACUCUGCCAAUAUUUGUUAAAAUUAUUGAUGUCACAAGUAACCAACCUUCGUCAAUACCCACUGAUAAUAACCGGCAACUACCAACACCCACUGAUAAUAACCGGCAACUGCCAACACCCACUGAUAAUAAACGGUCUCCUAAUAAUAACCAGCCUCCGCCAAUAUCCACUGAACAUAACCAGCAACUGCCAAUACCCACUGAUAAUAACCAGCCUCCCGAUAAUAUUGAUAUCACCAAAAACCAACCUCUGCCUACAUCUACUGAUAACCGGCUUCCGUCAAUACCCGAUGAUAAUAUUGACAUCACCAGAAACCGACCUCUGCCAACAUCUACUAAUAAUAUUAAUAAUAUCAUCACUAACCGACCUAACAAACCUCUCCCAACAUUCAUUGAUAAUAUUAAUACCAUCACUAACCAACCUAAACCAACAUCUAAUGAUUUAUUUGCUCAACCUCCACCACCACUUCAUCACUUACCCCCUAUUAACCGGAAACAUAACAAAUUAAAAAACCGUAUCUUCUCAUCAUUUUCAACUAAUUCUCGACCUUUCAUAUCCCCUACGAUAACGGUUACCUCUAAUAACACACUCCCCUCACCUUUGCCAGUCAAUCCACCAGAAUUAAUUGGAAUAAUAAUCGCAGCCAUAAUAGCAAUAAUUGUUGUUGUAUUAAUAAUAAAGAAAAUCACAUUUGGACUUGAUGAAAUGAAUGAUCCUUUAUUUGAUCGUCAUGAUUUAGAUCUAAUCAAUUUACAACAAAAUCAAGAAUAUACUUCAAAAUGUUGUAAAAAACCACGAUUUUUUGAUACUUUGAAAAGAUGGUUCAAUAACAUUUUUAAUCGGGGGAAUGAUAGGUUUAGAUUAAAUAGUUUAACAUCAAGUGUUAUGAACAGUAUGGACACUACAAAAAGGUUUGAUAAGAAAAAAAAUAAUAUUGUUUAUAUGGAAAGUGAAAUAGCGGAAGAUAGUGGGGUGGGAGUUUCUAGCAUGUGUGAAACUGAAAUAUCUUUUCCUGAUAUACAUUCUCAUGUUUUAAAUUGGGAAGAAUAUAUAUUGUAA